AUGAGAGCUCAGUUGAACCUCCUCCGCGUCCUCCUGGCGGCGUAUUUGAGUACGCUGGUGGUUGGGUAUGUGAAUGCACCAAGAGAUCGAUUUGUCACUUUGACUCGAGGAUACGAUGGGUACAAUCUUUUGAAGCGGCAAGAUGACUCGCUAGACAGCAACUGCUUUUACGCUUGUGAAGUUUCAGCUUGCGGAAGUUCCUGCGCUCCUGUGCAAAAACGUAAUGUCUCUGAAGUUGAGAAACGAGAUCGCCAGUACAGACUGUGGAACGAGACGACCGACUCGUGGUCAGAAGUUUCGGCCGCCGUCUAUGAGGCUCACCUGUCACGUCGGGCUCUAGAGAAGCGAGCUUUUAUCACCAACCCACGCUGGAAUGCCGCAAGAGUCGCCAGGUACUUGCCUGGUCAGAUUGCGCUCAAUAGUAAUGGCCAAGUUGUGCCAGCAGACACCCAAUUUCCAACAAACGAAGGCUUCUUCAUUGGGGGGACUAAUCAAGGGACAGUAGCAGUCUUGCGGGAAUUUGGAAACGACCCAAUACAGCUUGGUACAGGAGGGCUUCAUGGAUGUACCAUGCUGGCGGUUAUUAGCACUCGUGCUGUUUAUAUGGCGCACUACUGGGAGACAUAUACGACAGGAGGAAACGACAAUAUUGCUGCGGGAAGCGCAGACUUAGCGAAGUGGCAGACGAAAGUUCUCAAUUCCAUCACGGGAACGGGAACUCAAGACCCUAAUGCACAGGCUGAUGCUCUCAAUUGGAACCUCUUCAAUCAGCCUGGCGACAAUACUCGCGUCAUGAUCAUGUCACCAAACGAUGAGAAAAGCACUUCUCUCAAGUACAAGAAUAAGAUUGGGCUUAUUCGGUCUUUGCUACAGGAAAAUAUUCCUGGUGUGAAUAUUGUACAGCCAAAAGCGUAUACUCGCUUAAACUACAGGGUUGUAAACGGGGUUUAUGAUGGACCUGAUGCCGACAAAGUUGAUCAGUCGGAACGAGGGAUUGCACUUUUUCAGUGA